AUGGCUGAAGAAAUCAGGAUUCUUGUACAAAAACGGUCAGUCAUCAAAGCUAAAUUAACAAGAUUUAGGACAUAUCUCGAUUCGUAUACAGCUAGACCCGAUAUACAGCAGUUGAGAGAGCGUUUAGCCAAGGUCAGAGAAUUAUGGGAUAAGUUCGAUGACAUACAGACGGAUAUAGAGCUACUUGAGCCUGACGGUGAGUUUGAGGAAAGAAGUGAGUUCGAGCAAUAUUAUUUUGAACUUGUAUCCAAGGCCGAACAACAUUGUGUUUCGUCGACUGUUACACGACCGACAAGCAAUGAUAAUAUAGAUACGAACCCUGUGCAGAAGCUACAAUAUUUGAAAUCGUGUUUGAAGGGCGAUGCUGCACAAAUCAUAGAGUCACUCGCGACAUCAGCCGAAAAUUACGAGAUUGCUUGGAAUCUGGUCGUGGAACGGUUCGACAAUAAGCGUAUAAUAAUACAGAAUCAUGUAAGGUCUUUAUUUGAAUUAUCAAACAUAGCCAAAGAGUCCUUGACAGGUUUGCGAGCGUUAAUGGACUUGAGGCACUUGCGAGCACUCAAAACUUUAGGUUUGCAGACCGAACAUUGGGAUGCGAUGCUGAUCCAGUUAAUAAUUUUUAAGGUAGACAGGAAUACGCACAAGGAGUGGGAGCGUUCAAUUGAUGGAACUGAAAUGCCCUCCUUGGAGGAUUUAUGGAAAUUUCUAAAGAACAAAUGCUAUGUACUAGAAAAUGUUGACGCUGGAUUUGUAUCGCAGUCCAAAGUUAGUGGAAGACUGCCAUUGAUGCGGGAUGCAAGAAAUAGUAAUGUUAGACAAUCGCAAAAUUGCAUGACCGUCCAGGAGAGGCAGCAGUGCCCGAUAUGUAAUGGAUCGCAUAAUGUAUAUAAGUGUGAGCAAUUGUUGCGUGCAAAUUGUGACGAAAGAAUAUCAUUAGUAAAAACAGCGCGUUUAUGCUUUAAUUGUUUGCGUCCUAAUCAUUCGGCGAACUUCUGUAGAUUUAGACCUUGCUCAAAGUGCAGACGCCGUCAUAAUGAUUUGUUACAUCGCAGUGAAAUUCGAGCGAUUUCGAACUCAGAAGAGAAACAUGAAAACGAUAUUGCAUCACAAAAGAGUCUGCAGGCAGUAGUUGCUUCACACGUACUUUUAUCUACUGCAUUAGUAAAAAUAUUUGACAAGUUUGGCAAUGCGUAUAAUUGUAGAAUUUUAUUGGACUCUGGUUCGCAAUCUAAUUUUAUUGUAAAUUCUUUAGUAGAGAAACUAAAACUGACAAAACGAAAAAUUAAUGUGCCGGUGUCGGGUUUUGGUCAAGCUCUUACGCAUAUUGAGCAUGCAGUAGAUGCAGAGAUACAGUCUAGGGAUGGUCGUCUUAAUUUAAAUUUGACUUUUCUCACGAUAGAUGAGAUAACGGAAUAUUUGCCAGCCAAGUAUAUUGAUAAAAGCAAACUAGAGAUACCGCGUAACAUAAGGCUAGCUGAUCCUGAAUUUUGUAAACCAUCGAGAAUAGAUGCGCUUAUUGGAGCAGAGACUUUCUUUCAUCUGUUGUGCGUGGGGCAAAUAAGGCUCAGCGGAGGCUCUAUCGUAUUGCAGAAAACUAAAUUUGGUUGGAUUAUUGGAGGUAGAAUUUAUGAUAGAGUACGAGAUGAUAAAGAAACGGUUUGUAAUAUAUUGAUUGAUAAGACGUCAUUACAAGUAGCUAAAUUUUGGGAGAUAGAGGAAUUAAGUGAUAUUAAACAUUUAUCAGAGGAAGAAAGGAACUGCGAAGCGCAUUUCAAAAAGUUUACCGUUAGAGAUGAAGAGGGUAGAUAUUGUGUCAGAUUACCCUUUAAAGGAAAUGUAAAUAAAUUAGGCGAUUCGUAUAAAAUGGCGGAGAAAAGAUUAUUCUCGAUGGAGCGACGACUAUUGUCAAACGAAGCUCAGCGUGCGGAAUAUUCACGUUUUUUACGCGAGUAUUGUGAAUUGGGACACAUGAUUGAGGUAACGAAUUGUAAUGCAGAGAAGUUGACAGAUGGUUAUUUCUUGCCUCAUCAUGCUGUGUUAAAAACUGAUAGUCUUACGACAAAAUUGAGAGUAGUGUUUGACGCUUCAGCCAGGUCAACCACUGGCGUUGCUUUAAACGACGUGCUUAUGUCGGGUCCGGUAUUGCAGGAGGAUGUAUUCUCUAUUGUCACGCGAUUUCGUUCAUAUUCAUAUGUAUUAACUGCGGACAUCGAAAAGAUGUUUCGACAGGUGCGUUUUCAUCAGGAAGAUACCAAAUAUCAAAGGAUAUUAUGA